CUGUAUCCUACUUUUUUGGGCUUGUUUCUUCUAACCACCGUCACGAAUGCGGUGAGUAAAUUAUUUAAAAAAUUUUUAUAAUUAUUUUGACCAGACCAAUGUCGACCGACGUGGUUUUUUAGGCUCUAAUAAUUAUUUUAUUUUUCCCAAAUUUUUCGUUUACGUUAUCUCACGAACGAAUUAACCGAUUUUGUUCGUGUUGGCGGUGAUCGAUGCAAUUUUUUAAGUUUAAGAGAUCUGUUAUAGUCAAAGUAUAAAACUCUGUUGUAGUCAAAGUUUUUAGUUGUUUUUGCUUAGAAUAAAGUUGAAAAGGUCAGAAACUGGGCCAGGGUCAACACCUAGGUCCUUUACCUUGCAUAAAAUUUUAUCAUUAUUCCCAAACCUAUAAAUAUUAAUGGUUUCGUGAUUGUGGCGAUAGAAUCUUAGCAAGAAUAAAAAAAAAAAUACAAAUAAGAUUGUUGAAGCUGUUGAAUAGCUCGAGCUCCGUGUCAUGAUACAUUUUGUUGAUAGGGUAUUCCGAAUGGGUAAGUAUAAACUAAGAACCGAUCGGUUGAUAUGUACAGUCACGGAGACUGGACGCGAUUGCGGGUGGAACAAUCGCCGGUCUAGGGAUUCUCCAUCUUCAUUCUUCGUCUUGGUCUUAAGGCAGUUAAGUUGGGAAUUAGUAAUGUAGAUGUAGAUGUAGAGUAUUAAGUUAGAGCAGAGUAAGUUAAGCAUAAGUAUAUGGAGUUCGGACUUUAUUUAAUAGAAGCCUGGAGCUGGAUUGUAAUGUUCCGAGGUGAGUGUAAUGUUAAUGUUAAAUGUGCACAUGCACUACGGUAUAUAUAGUAAUGAGGAGAAAAUAAGGAAUAAAAGGAGUAGAGUAUAGUUGUAUUAUAGAGGAUUCAAAUUGGCUUUGGUAAGUGAACUCUCUCGUCAUGGUACACCGAUGAUAUACGCUUGACAACCGUCCAAGUACUAUAAUACACGAUACUGGGCAUUAUCGCGCAUUAAAAUGUAAACUGGCUCAUCGUAUAAGCUAUAUAACGAUCAUAAGGGUUCUCAACUAACCCCUUUUUUAUUUUUAUAUAAAAGUGCCUAUAAAUAUAUGUAUACAUGUAUAUACCAAAUACUCUGCAGAAACUCGUAAAAGAGUAGCUACGAGCUGAUGAAAAAUAAAAAUAAUCAUUUAUCCAUUAUAAAAAAUAAGUAACAAAUAACAAUUUUAAGCUACAAGAGGAUGUGUUACUUAAAGAUUUUAUUGAGUCGUUAUCAAAGGCUGUAUUGCACACUUAUGCAUGCGUUCAGGAAGAAAUCAAUCUUUUCUAAAUGCUAUUUUUAAGUUUGCACUUUUAUUAAAAAAAAACUGCCUUUUAAAAAAAUCUUUUCUUCUAAAUUCUUUAAUUUAGAAUAUUUAGUUUCUUAAUUAAGAAAUCAACUCGCGAAUUAAAAAAUCAAAACUCUUAGAUGAAUUGGAAUUGGAAAAUUUACACUAACGAAAUAUUUUAGUGUUUUUAAACAAAUAUUUUGUCCAAAAAUUUCUUGUUUUAGAAUAAGAUAAGAUGUUGAAGUUAAAUAAAAAAAUUUUUUUUUAAGAUUUGUUUGUUAUUUUGAAUAAAGAAACUAAUACACAGUGAAAAAUUUUGCAUCAUUGCGUCAAAAACAUUUGUAUUAAAAAUUUUACAUUUUCUUAUGUUAAUUUCAGAGAAUUAUCACAAAAAAGCGUUAAAUAUUUAACAAAAAAUUUUUUGACCUAAUGACGCAAAAUUAUAACUGUGUAGUUUUUAAUUAAAAAAUGUAAAGUUCUUACAAGACAACAAAAUAGUUGUUAGUUGUCAAGAACUUUUUUCAAAUGAAGAAUUUGAUCGUAUCGAUUGGAGAUAAUAUCGAUACUCUUAAAUCAAGUGACAAUAGUUACCGGUCGAUGAUAUCGGUCUCUCUCGCCAAGAUUCAAGACAAGAAAUUCUUGAAACAAGACAAUUGGCUAUCUUUAAAUAAAUUUUUUUGGAUCAAGAUAAAUUUCCUAUAAGCGUGGUAUUAAAUUUUCUGUACAAAUUUGAUACUCAUGCAAUAAUUCACAAUUUAUUUGAUGGUUUCAAUUCUCACUGGCCAAUAAUAGUUUUAUUAUUAUUUUUUAUAACUACGAUUAAUACAAAAAUGAAGACAAAAUUCGAGGCAUUACCAAUUGUGAUCCUAGGAAUACUAUGCGGUUUCGCUGGGGCAUGUAACUCUGGACAAACUUUUCAAAAUCAUAAAAAUUUUUUUAGUAGACUUCCAGGAGCACAGAAAUUAAAUACUCUGGCAUUGAUUGGUACCCAUGAUUCUGCGACAUAUAAAUCUCCAUUACUAAUAGCACAAACCCAAACAUUAACAAUAACUGAACAAUUGCAUGCGGGAAUACGCGUAUUUGACAUGCGUGUACGUCGAAUUGACAAUGUCUUUACGAUGCAUCAUGAUCUAAUAUACUUGAAAUUACGGUUUGGUAAUAUAAUAAACGACGUAAAAAACUUUUUGGAAUCCUACCCACACGAGCUUGUAAUAAUGUUCAUGCAAGAGGAGUAUGUGGCAGAGAACUCGAAUAUGAACGAAUGUGAGAUCUUGCUAAACAAAUAUAUUCUACAGAAUGGUGGCGAAAACCUUUUUGUUCAAAAUUGGUCAGUAGAAGACACUAUCGAAAAACACCGAGGAAAAAUUUUAUUAGCGUCAUCUCACCGCGGAUUCCGGCAGUGUACAACGAAUUUACCUUGCAGAGAACAGAAUAAGUGGGAACUAUCUUCUAGCUUCCAGCGACCGGAAAAGUGGAAGGCUAUCAAAGAUCUCCAAUAUGCUAUCAUUGAUUCUGUCAUAAGAAAUUUAUGUUAUAUCAAUUAUUUGUCUGCCCAUGGUGGUGUCUUGGGUCCUUACGAAAUAGCCAAUCACGAUUCGUAUGAAUCAAUAAUUAAUGAGCGGUUUAGGGUACCUGGUAUAAAUCAGCGAAUGCAAAAAUUUUUCUGUAAUUAUGGAACUGUAUUAUAUAUUGUCAUGGCUGAUUACCCGACUACUGAGCUAAUAGACGUAAUCGUUAACAGUAAUUUUUCCCCUUCUUGUGAAGAUUAUUAUUACGAUUAAAAAAUUCAAAUUGUUGUCGAUAAUCAAAUGAUUACAAUAAAAAUAAGUUUCAAAAAAAUACUGUCUUCAAAAUUUUACUCUUUUUUUAAGAUUAUCAGUUUUAUUUAUUAAAUAAAUAAAGACUUUUGGAACAAGAGCAGAAAAUUAUCUGGAAGAUUUAUACACAGAAAAAAAGGUUCAUUUGACCCAAGAAUAAUAUUUUUCUUCCUAAUUAUAUUCUUGAGCGAAAAAAAAAAUUUCUUUUGACACAAGAAAUUUUACUUAUUCCAACAAAAUUAAUUCUCUUGCUUUAAGAAAUACGUAUCUUAAACUAAGAAAAUGUAUUUAAAUCAAGAAAAUCUUGUUGUUUUGAGAAAAUUCAGCCUCUUGCUCCAAAAAAUUUAGUUCUUGAUAGAAGUAAAUUUUCUUGUCUUGAGAAAAUUUUUCUUACUCCAAAAAAUUAAAUAUCUCGAUAGAAGUAAAUUUUCAUUAUUAUUUUUAUUGAUUAACAUGUCAAAUGGGAAGAUAAUAAUAUUGAAUCAUUUUUUUUCAUUCAAUAUGUAUAAUUGUACGUUAAAAUAAUAUAAAAUGGAUAUCAAAUAUUCAAGAGAAAAAUUUUCUCUUGAAAAAGAGAAGUGAAAAAAUUUUUAUCUCAUCUAAAGUAAGUGGCGCUGCUUCUCCAAAGUAUCUAAAAAUUUUGAUUAAAUAUAAAAAUUUUUUGUUUCAAGUAUUUAUGAUAUUUUGAAUUAAGAAAAAAUGAUUCCCACCAAGAAUAGAAUUUCAAAAAAAAUUUUUACUUCGGCCAAAACAACUUCAGUCUUCCUUUAAGCACCCGAAAAUUUUCUUGAGCUAAGAAUUUUGUUCUCCAGUCAAGAAAUUUUUCUUUCUGUAUACUCUUUAUUGUAAAAGUUGCAUGGAAAAAAGAAAGUCUUAAAUCAUAAAUUCAAGCAAAUUUUGUAUGAUUUAAAUAGUAAAUUAACAUUUGCCAGGAUUAUGGAUUUAAAUUGUUAAGUACAUUGAACUCAUGAUUUGACAGUAAGUAGCACUAGACACUAGACAGUAAAGUGUGAGUACUUACUGGUAAUAGCAAUCAUUUUAAAUCCGGUUGUCAUUGGAUAUUUUACUUUAUUCAUUCAUAUCUAACUAUUUUAGUUUAUUUAUGUCGUUUAUAUUGCUUAUGGUCUUUUCCUAUUUAGCCAAAUAAAAAUUUAUAAUUUUGUAAUAACAUUUUUAUAUUUUAUAACUAAAAUCAAUGAGAUAAAUUCAAAGAAAAUUAUUUUGAAGAGUUUUAGUGUCUUAAAUUAAGACGAAAAAUUAUUGAAUUAAGAAAAAUUUAUUUAAUCAAAAAAAAAAUCAAGAAUGAAACUUUUUAAAAUUAUUUUCUUCAUUCAAAUAAAUUUUUUUUUUCUGUGUAAUAAUAGUAUUUACAUAAAUUUAUUUCUUAGAAAAAAAGAAUCAUUAUUGCGUCUGUAUUUAUGUAUCUAAUUUAUAAAUAGUAUAUGUUACAAAAUAAAUCAAUAAGACGUUAAAUUAAUUGAAGCAAUUAAAAUGAUAACCGAAGUAUAUUUACAACCCAGACAGGUAAAUAAAUGAGAGAUAAACAAAGUAAAUGGGCGUGAGAGUGAGGUGAGAGAAAUUGAAAUGAAGUUGAUCAUCGAUUGAGUAUCAGUGACUUGCAUAAUAACAUAUUACAUUAUAUGUAUAUAUGUAUGAAAAUUUUCUUUUUUUUCCAUCUAUAUCGUUUCUUCUUUAUGCACGCGCGCAAAUAAUCUACACAACUAACUCGUAAACAUGAGUUACUUCCGGCAACGAUAGCAAUCAAUUGCAUCCGGAUAUAUUUGACUCGUGUCUCUUUUAUUUAAUAUGCUAUAUUCAAUUUAUUUAUUUUUCUCCUUUGAUAAAUUGAUAUUGAAAAAAGUUCUGAAUCAAUUUAAUUGAAAUAAAAAGUUUUUUAUUGUUUUCUUCUUUAGUAGAAUCAAAAUGACUGCGCACUCGCAGCGAUAAUCAUCCAGAUAAUUUAAUACGCAUCUUUUGAAGAACACGCCAUAAUAAUCUCGUCGUCACUUUAAUGACCUUCGAGCAUGAAGCUUAGUAGAUUUUUUUUCUUGAGUUUUGAUAAGUUUAAUUAUGCAAUACACAACUUAGUUUUAUAAAAAAUAGCAUUUUUUUAUGUUUUAAAUUAUAAUAUUAAUAUUAUUAAACUAGAUACACUAAUAAAUAAAAUUUUACCACAGUUUAAAAUAUAUUUAGAAUAUAUCGACGGUCUAAUUAGCAAUUGAUCUAACUCCUUAUUUUUUAGAGGGUGAUUUUUUAACAUUUUGAUGUAGUAAUAGUCCAAUUAUAAAUUAUUUGAAUGCUUCUAACAAAAAUAUUAUACCUUUGUUAAAUAUUAAAUGGUUCUUUAAAGUGAUAAUAAUUUUUGAACUAAUUGUAUUGUCGUACAAAUGGAAGAUUCUCUAAAAUGGAGUUAGACAAUUUGAAAAUUAGAGCGUCGAUAUGGAACAUUCGAUUUGAUUAAAAGCUUUUUAUCCUUGCCUAGCCUAUAAAAAACGUUUUUCAGAAUAUUUUCAAAUUGUUUUAUCCAACCAAAAAAAAGUUGUGAAUUUUGUAAAUAAAUAGCUUCUUACUUUUAAAUAACUAUAGUUUUUUCAAAAUUCAACUUAUUGGCACGUUUUUUAAAAUUUUUGUUCUUAAAUGUGUAUUUUGAAAAAAAAUAUUCGAAAUUUCCUAAUUGUUUAUCUUCAUUUAAAUGGCUUUAAUAACUUACUUAAAUUUGAGUAGUAUAAUAUUGUAACUAUUUAUCAAAAUAAUUAUCUAGACUUAGUGCUAUCUAACAUAAUAUGUAAUGUGGAAUGGUCAGACUAGACACUAGUCAGCAUUGAUGCCUAUCAUCCUGCCUUGAUUAUUGAUUUCAGAUUGUCCAUAAAACUGGAUAAAACAUGUGAUGAGAAUGUAAUUCGUCGUAGGUAUAAUAUUUAAAAAAAUUUGAUAAGUCUAGUCUAGUAAUUGCUAUAUACGAAACUGACUAGUCUGAUCUUUCUAACAGUUUUGAACCUGUGCAAUAUUUUUCUAUAUUAUUAAAUUAUCUAAGAUCUCUAGUGUAUCGCCAAGCUACUUAUUUAACGUUAAAUUUUACGCAUAAAUAUCAUAUUGAAUAUUAAAUAUUAUAUUAAAAUAUUAUAUUCGAUAUUAAAUAUUAUACUAGUUAUAGGACAUCUUGUUAAGCUUUGUAAAUAUAUAAAUUUAUAUUUACUUUAUGUAUAAUUCUAUUAACCCUGUUAAUGGCGCAAGCUGUU